AAGGUCUGUAUCCACUGGCCAUCUCUCAGGAAGUUAGUGUCUCACGCUUCUGCUUCCAGUAGCGACCUCGUCUCUCUCUCUCCGACUUGGAGAACACCAACUUUAGAAGCCAAGCAGGCAUGAAUUCUCAUCUCUUUGUUAACGAUUUCUGGAUUUUAAUUUGACUGUAACGCCUUCAGUUUUUCUUCGUCCUGAUUCAAACUUUCGUCCCGACACACCACGCUGGUCCUGUGCGUAAAUCUCCCGACAGCUCGGUUAGUAUCUGACCACAUCUUUUUAUUCUCAGUCGACAGCUAGGCUAUCGUUGGCUUCACUUUAUCGCCAAGACAUGUUGGGAACGGUUCAGUCUGUCACGAGAAAAUAAAACAAAGUUAACUUUAAUAAAAUCUGCGAAUAAAUCGUUCAACGCAACUUUUGACCAUCACUCAAGUCAAGUAAAGUCGUGCUGUCACGGUUUAAAAAGGCGAGCAUGGAUCUACGACCGGAGCUCCCCACGGUGUCCUCGGCGUCUCAGGUGCACCACCACAGCUCGGCGGGGGUCUCCAUCCCGGUGUCCAUGGCCAGCAGCCUCCUCCGCGGCCCUCCGCUCCUCCUGCGCGCAUCCGAGAAGUACCCCCGCACGCCCAAGUGCGCUCGCUGCCGGAACCACGGCGUGGUGUCAGCGCUCAAGGGCCACAAGCGCUACUGCCGCUGGAAGGACUGCAUGUGCGCCAAGUGCACCCUGAUCGCCGAGCGCCAGCGCGUCAUGGCGGCGCAGGUGGCGCUGAGGCGGCAGCAGGCACAGGAGGAGAACGAGGCCCGUGAGCUGCAGCUGCUCUACGGGACGGCCGAGGGACUCGCCCUGGCCGCGGCCAACGGCAUCAUCCCGCCGCGGCAGAACUACGAGGUGUACGGCUCGGUCAGCACCGACGGCAACUCUGAUUCGAGCCUCCACAAGUACGAGCUGUUCAGCAAGAGCCAGCUGUCCGGGUCCAACACCCCGCCACAGAUCGCGGGCAAGACGGUCUCCACCGACGGCGACUCGGUGCCGGGCGUCUCCUCCCCUGAUGUCCGGCACGGCGGCUCAGGCUCGGAGAACGGCGACGGCGAGUCGUUCAGUCGCAUCGGAUCCCCCGUGUUAUCCAAAACCGUGAAAGACACGGGCGGGGACACCCCGGGCUCCGUCAGUCCCCUAGGCUCCGACUCGGGCUCAGAGACGGACAAGGACGAGCUGGAGCCGUCCCCGUCCUCCGCGGCCUCCAGACACAUGAACGCCAUCGACAUCCUGACCCGCGUGUUCCCCAGCCACAAGAGGAGCGUGCUGGAGCUGGUGCUGCAGGGCUGCGGGAAGGACGUGGUGCAAGCCAUCGAGCAGAUCCUCAACCACGGUGGCGGGGCGCACACCACCACUGCAGGCAAGGCCCGGGGCUCCGAGGGGGAGACGUGGACGGCGGAGCGGAUGCUGCACCAGCCCACCCUGUCCUCAUCCUCCGCCAGCAGCGCUGCCCAGCGGCCCAUGCUGCCGGGGGCCAUGACGCUAAGCAACCGCUCGGCCUUCUCCCCGCUCCAGCCCAACGCCCCACACUUCGGGGCCGACCCCAGUGCGUACCCUCUGGGCACCCACCUGGGGCUCAACCCGCUGAGGCUGGCCUACUCCGCGCACAGCCGGGGACUGGCCUUCAUGACCCCGUACUCCACCACGGGGCUGAUGCCCACCCUGGGCUUCAGACCCCCGAUGGACUAUGCGUUCAGCGACCUGAUACGGGACAGGACUCUGUUGCACAAGGAGCAGGGCUACACGAACAGCCUGUACGGCCCGCUGGUGAACAACACGCCGGACAAACAGUGAGGGCUGCCGGUGUCUGCCCUGCCAUGAACUCGGUCAUGGUAGAAUGACGCGUAUAGUAACGGAUUCGUGUAGCCACAAGUGUUGAAUGUGUUGGAGAAAUCUUGUGAUGUGUUUUUUUGGCCUACGAGCAGCUGUAAAUAAUAUUAUCUGACUUGUGGUCAUUUUCUUUUUGUUGUAUCUUUUGUGUAGGCCCUAAUGUUCAUAGUUUCCUUUUCCAUGUACAAAGUGUUAUUACACAAUGCUAUUUCAGCUGAGAAUGUACAUACACCUAAUAUAACGUCUACCCUCGAUGAGAUCAUUUUAAAAAUGAAAGUUGUUUCGUGGACAAAUCCAGAAUGCUCAGCCAGUUCCUGUACAGAGAAGCAGAGACGCAGCCAGGUAGCCAUAGUCUGUUUUAAAGUUAUGUACCCUUGCGUCGGUCUGAUAGGUAGCCUAGUUCCUAUUCAUCACUAUUUUUUUGUCGUUCAAAAGAAUUCGUUGCAAAAUAUAAUAAAUAAAUAAAAUAAUGUAAACCCUCGUUCCAGAAAAACAACAAUAGAAAAGCACUUUCAAGAAACUCAGUCUAUUUUCAUAUUCAUAACCAUCAAAUGACACGUGCAUCAUGCAUCAUCACCAGUAUGUGAUAGUUCGAUUUGAUUGGCUAAAUGAUGACAUGUAUGUUGCUGAUAUUAACCCCAUGAAUUACCUCCUGUGAACGUUUAAAUAAUGACGUGAGAUUUCCACCUCCACUUUUCCCUACUCUAGUUUUGCUUUCUCACUACUUUCGGAUAAUUUUCCACUGGCUGUAUUAUAUAUUGAAUUAUUGUAAUAUUAGCCUACUUAUGCUAUAAAGGAUCUUUCAUUUAUAAAUUGCUAGCCAGCUGCAAAAUUUUGUGGCAUUUCUAAAUGCCACAUAAUUGAAGUCGAAUGAUCUUCAAAUGUUGCAAGCUGUACAUGUCUUAUUGUAUGAAUUUGCUGGAAAUAAAUGUUAUUUUAA